CGUGGGUUUACGCGGGCAGGGCCGCAGCUCCCGGAGGUGGCUCCCAUUGUUCCCCGCGGCUGCUGGUCUCGGGCCGCUCACUCGGGCUCUGUAACGGCCAUCGGUAUAACAGCCGCACCCCGAGCGGGCCUCAACCUGCGGACUGUCCCGGACACCGCCGCCUCCUCCCCGGCCUCUCCCCGCUCCAUGUCCCCGGGCCAGGGGCCUAGUGCGCAACCAGCACCCAAGCGGCUCCCCCAGGCCGGCCGGACCAGCCCCCGCCAUGAACCAUAACCACUGCACACCGGUGAGCAUGUUAGAUGGGCGGCCAGCGGGGGAUAGAUAUACCAUGGCAGAUAGAUAGAUAGGGGGCCAGGGGGGGAUAGAUAUACCAUGGCAGAUAGAUAGAUAGGGGGCCAGGGGGGGAUAGAUAUACCAUGGUACAUAGAUAGAUAGGGGGCCAGGGGGGGAUAGAUAUACCAUGGCAGAUAGAUAGGGGGCCAGGGGGGGAUAGAUAUACCAUGGCAGAUGAUAUAGGGGCCAGGGGAUAGAUAUACCAUGGCACAUAGGGGCCAGCGGGGAUAGAUAUACCAUGGCACAUAGAUAAGGGGCCAGGGGGAUAGAUAUACCAUGGCACAUAGAUAGAUAGGGGCCAGCGGGGGAUAGAUAUACCAUGGCAGAUAGAUAGAUAGGGGCCAGGGGGAUAGAUAUACCAUGGCAGAUAGAUAGGGGCCAGGGGGGAUAGAUAUACCAUGGCCAGGGGGAUAGAUAUACCAUGGCAGAUAGGGCAUAGAUACCAUGGCACAUAGGGGGAGGGGGAUAGAUAUACCAUGGCAGAUAGAUAGGGGCGGGGGAUAGAUAUACCAUGGUACAUAGAUAGGGGGCAUGGGGGCCAUGGCAGAUGGAUAGGGGCCAGCGGGGCCAUGGCAGAUGGAUGGGGCCAUGGCAGAUGGAUAGGGAAAGGGGCCAUGGCUGAUAGGGCAUGGGGGCCAUGGCAGAUAGGGGGUGGGGGCCAUGGCAGAUAGGGGCAUGGGGGGCUGGCAGAUGGAUAGGGGGCAUGGGGGGCCAUGGCAGAUAGGGGGCCAGCGGGGCCAUGGCAGAUAGGGGGCAUGGGGGGCCAUGGCAGAUGGGGGGCAUGGCAGAUGGAUAGGGGGCCAGCGGGGCCAUGGCAGAUAGGGGGCAUGGGGGGCCAUGGCAGAUGGAUAGGGGGCCAGCGGCGCCUCCUUGGAUUCCUGGAAACCUCUCACUAACACUGUGUGAUGGGCAGGGCUGCUCUCUAUCACGGGGCAUUCACAUGCAGCAGGUAGGAAGGAGCUGGGUCAGUUAAAGAUAUUAAUACUGCAGCACAGGAAUGCUGUAUACAGUGGGGGGAGCACUUUUCGUAUGCUGCCCAUCUGCAAUGAAAAUUGGUUUGUGCCCAGGAAAAACAUGGGAGCAACUGUGACCAGGCAGGGUGGACGUACAGUGUAAUAAUUGUUUUUGUUUUACUUCUCACGUCAACCUACACUCAACCCCCAUGAUUACAAUGCAAAAGAAAAAAAAGAUUUUUACAUUUGGCGAAUUUAAAAAAACAAAAAACAAAAGGGCUAAAAUAUUGCGGUGACUUAGGUAUGAGACCCUUUGCUAUGACACUUGAAAGGUAGCUCAUGUGCUCCCAUUUCUCUGGAUCAUCUUUGUAAUCUUUCUACACUUUUUGGUUGGAUGCCACCUGUGGCAAACUCACUUGCUUGGAGAUGAUUUGGUAAGGCACGUAGCGGUAAAUGCGUAUCAGAGUACAAAUCAAGCCAUGAGAUGAUAGGAGCUGCCUACCAAGUUCAGAGACAGAAUAGUGUUAGAGCAGCAUGUCACCUUAUGGGGACUUUGCCGAAUUCGCAAAGUCUCCUGAUGGAGACAACGCCGCUGAGGGUCUGGAGGCGGGACAGGUAAAGGCGCGUUUACUUACCUGAACCUGUUCCUCACUGGUGCUGCCAUUUUGGUCCGGUGUGGUAUUCCUUGACGCUGACAUCACUGCUGUACUCUCGAGCAUGAGGUCUAUGGGUAAUUCCAUGCACAGCCAAUUCUCUGCAGCCAUCACUGAUGACGGCUGCAGGGAUUGACACUAAGGCUCCACCUUGGAACGUGUCAAAGGUCAGGUGGAAGGAGAAAUACAAAGACAAAGUAGUCUCUACUUUUUCUCUGCAUGUCUCUUGACUGGCCUGGAAUUUCAUGACAGUGCCGCUUUAAGGCACAGAUAUGGGGAAAGAUACAAAAACAAAACUUAAUUCCCAAGAGCACAUUGGCCUCCAUGAUUCUUAAAGGGACACUCCAGGCACCCAGACCACUUCUGCCCAUUGGAGUGGUCUGGGUGCCAACUCCCACUACUCUUAACCCUGCAGGUGUAAUUAUUGCAGUUUCUUAUAAACUGCAAUAAUUACCUUGCAGGGUUAACUCCAAAUCUAGUGGCUAUUAGACAGCCACUAAAGGGCACUUCCUGGAUCAUAGCACAGGAAACCUGUGCUAGAGCGUCGCUGGACGUCCUCACGCUGUGUGAGGACCUCCAGCGUCGCUCGUUUCCCCAAAGGAAAACAUUGAAAUGCAUUGGGAGCGCUAAUGCGCAUGUGCGGCAUUGCAGCGCAUGCGCAUUAGGUCUCCCCGACCGGCCGACGCAAUCACUAGGAGGAGCGGCGGCGGAGGGAGAAGCAGCGACGUGGGACAUCGUCGCUGCCUCAGGUAAGUCAGGGAUUGUAUUCCUGGCGCUGGAGUUUCCCUUUAAAUGGAAGAAGCUUGGGACAACCCGGACUAUUCCUAGAGCUGUUUACAGUUAUACUGAGUAAUUGGGGUAGGAGAGCCUUGUUAAGAGAGGUGACCAAAAACCCAAUGGUCACUCCGGAUGAGCUGCAGAGAUCAUGUGUGGAGAUAAGAAAUUUGGAAUGACAACCAUCAUUGGUUCCAUCACUUAAGCAUACAGGCACGACGUUAGCCACUCCUCACUGCCACAGGAAAGAAACUAGGAAUUUGCAACAAAAAAAACCGAAACACAUAAAGGACUGAGAGAGACAAGAUUAUUUGAUCUGAUGAAAUGAACUUUGAGCUGUUUGUCCUCUGUUCAAAAUUUCAUAUCUGGAGGAAACCAGGUACCGCUCAUCACCUACUCAGUGGUGAAGCGUGGUGGUCGCACCAUGCAUUGGGGGUGUUUUUUCAGUGCAUUAGACUGGCCCUGGUUGACGGAAAGCUGGACACAGUAAAACAGAGAUAUAUCCUUAACGACAACCUGGUCUCAAGGCACUCAGGACCUCAGACCCUAAGCACACAGCCAAGACAAUACAAGAGUGGCUAAAAAUGCAAGUAAAACCAAAAUAGUGGUUUCCAAUGGGUACCAUUAAAUGAGAUUAAAACAGUACAGGACGUUGAUGUCUAAUGUCUGGCUCUGCCGUACAGGUUUCUGGGUUUUAUUUGUGUUGGGUUUUUUUAUUUGAUGGUUAGUGUUGUUAUCAAAGUGUUGGUUAAUAAAAACCAUUAAAGGAUCACUAUAGUGUCAGGAAAACAAACUCUUUCUUUUUCCUGACACUUUAUAAUCCUUUGGGGCCCCACUCCUGCUGGGCUGAAGAGUUAAAACCCCGUCAGCCACUUACCUUAAUUCGUCGCUGGUGACCUCUCCUCCCCCUCAGACGUCAGAGUCGUGCACGCGUUAAAAACGCCCAUAGGAAAGCAUUUCUCAAUGCUUUCCUAUGGAUGUUCUGCCUGCUCAAUGCGAUUUUCGCAUUGAGCAUCGCAAAAGUGCCUCUAGCAGCUGUCAGGAAGACAGCCACUAGAGGCUGGAUUAACCCUGCAAUGUAAACAUAGCAGUUUCUCUGAAACUGCUAUGUUUACAGCUGCAGGAUUAAAACCUGGGGGACCUGGCACCCAGACCACUUAAUUGAGCUGAAUUGGUCUGGGUGACUAUAGUGUUCCUUUAACAGAUUAAAUGUGCCUAGAAGUUUUUGUUGUUUAGAGAUUGGAUGUUCCCUAGAAGUUUCUUUGUUGUUGUUUAGAGAUUGAAUGUGCCUAGAAGUUGUUUUUGUUGUUUUUUUAAUUUUAUUUCGUAUGCCUUAAAGGACCACUAUAGUGCCAGGAAAACACACUUGUUUUCCUGGCACUAUAGUGCCCUGAGGGUGCCCCCACCCUCAGGGACCCCCUCCUGCCCGGCUCUGGAAAGGGGAAAGGGGUUUAAACUUACCUUUUUCCAGCGCUGGACGGGGAGCUCUCAUCCUCCUUCUCUCCUCCCCGUCGGCUGAAUGCGCACGCGCGGCAAGAGCUGCGCGCGCAUUCAGCCGGUCACAUAGGAAAGCAUUCAUAAUGCUUUCCUAUGGACGCUGGCGUGCUCUCACUGUGAAAAUCACAGUGAGAAGCACGCAAGCGCCUCUAGUAGCUGUCAAUGAGACAGCCACUAGAGGAUUAGGGGGAAGGCUUAACCCAUUAAUAAACAUAGCAGUUUCUCUGAAACUGCUAUGUUUAUUAAAAAAUGGGUUAACCCUAGCUGGACCAGGCACCCAGACCACUUCAUUAAGCUGAAGUGGUCUGGGUGCCUAGAGUGGUCCUUUAAGUCUGGUUCUGUGGCAUAUGAAAAUUAAUCAAAAUUAUGAUCCAUCCAUUACUUUACCAUCCUAAUAAAUCCUAGCAAAUCAGGAAGUUGGAGUUGUCAGAUUUGUGUGCUAUUUAGCUGAACUACUACUACUAGAAAACUCUGGAGUGGAGAUUUAGGAUAGCGUUCUUCAGUUAUAGAGACAGAGGAGAAAGCAUAGUUACUACCACAUGACAUAUUUAAAUGCUGGGAUAGGCUUUUAGCUGCAGUUAUUCAACACUAUUGUUAUUGUGUUUGAAGUGUCUCCUUAAAGAUCAUAAUUGCAGUAUAUAGCUUUAGUUUUAUUUGUAAGCCCAGCCAUUCACUUCUCUGUGGGGUUUUUUUUUUUUUAAAGUCACAUUCUUCUUUAGAACACAUGUUUGUGAUCAUGCAUUUUGUCAUGGCUCCGAUAAAUAAGAUAUUUAUAAUUAAACUCAUACCAUGUGCUGUGCAGCUGUUUACUUGUUUACAAGUACAGUCUGCUUAGUGUGAGUGAAAGUACAAACUGUUUACAAUUUGUCCUGAAAUCCUGUAAUGUUAAUUUAUGCUAAAUUAAAUAUUGCAUAAUUAAAUAGUAUGAGUAUAGUAAAUAUUUUUUUAAAGAUAAUUUUCAAUGACAUCUCUUACUUUACACAUCUAUUUAGUUCUUCAAACUAUAAGAUUCUAGUCAUUAUUUUUGUAAUAAUGCAUCAACCCUAUAGUGUAUCUACUUUUAUUCCAAUAGAGGUAGAUCUAGCUUUCAAUCAUUCUGAGACUAAUUUAAAAGAUCUAGUAGUAAAUGUCUGUUAAUCAUCUGAUUUUUAAAUCAGAGUGUUCUAAAAACUGAGUCACCAUUUGGAGAAAAGAGUUCUACAAAAAAUAGUUGAAAGUAGUACUCUAAGGACCAGUACAGCAUUUGUAGUGGUUAUACAGAGUGGUUGGGCGUUGUUCUCCCAGUUUGUGCCACUAAAGUGUGCCAAACCGUUUUGGACUGGUUUGACAAAACUGGCUAUCCUUGCAUGUACCGUAUGGUCUCUCUGCUGCAACUUGAAUAAUGCGGAACCGCGUUUCUGCAUUAUCUUGUCCAUCUUUUUACAACAACCUACCCCCCGAACUAUCCGUCUACAGUCUAAAGCAGAAGUUUACUUCCCAUUCGCUGAGCUGCAGCAUAGUUUCUAGGAGAGCCUUUAAUUUUGUGAACCCACUCAAAAGUGGUUUGACGCACACUGGGGGAGACAACGCUUAGAGACUCAACGUCUUAACCACUACAGUGAGCUGUCGUGGUUAUGUUUCUUAGAGUGCAUAUUUUAAAUAAUCUUUGCAAAUAUCAAUUGCUCACAGAUUCAGACAUAAAUCAGAUUUUAGAUCUACUGGAAAUAGACCGAGUGGUGCAUUUGUAAUCAUGCUACAGGGUUGGUUAUACAUAACAAAAAUAGUAGUUUUUUUGUCUUCAUUAUAAUUUUAUGGUAUUGUUCUUCAUCUAAAAAUGGAGUGGUGUAUUAAAAAAAUACUACUUCAACUUUAGGUGUUUAACGUCAUGUCUCUGAAUGCCUGUUUUAUAAAAGUGCCAGUUUCAAGAGAAAUUUGCACUUUCAUAAAUCUCUUUAGUACAUCCCAACCGUCAAGCAGACUGUAGUUCAAAGUGGAAGUAAGUACUUAUCUGUGAGAAGUAUUCAGUGGAUUGCUGAAAUUGCUCUGCAUACCUUGUGUUCCAAUGCUGUUUUGUGAGAAACCACUAAUUGAAUGCAAGUCAGUAAUUAUGACUUUGCAGGAGGCGGAUUGGAACUACAGUGAAGAUCCUCUCCCUAUGCUGGAAUAAAGGUGAGUUUAAUGAAUUUGAACUCUUACAGUGAUAACAAUAAGUACCUCCCAAAUCACACAUAUGUUUAACCUGUUAUCGGUAUGGUUUUAAACUUGAAAAAGGCAAAGAUCAAAUCAAGAACUAUAUUUUGAAAUACUUUGUAUUCUUGUUUUAUAUUUGUCAUGUAUCCUGUUUUGUUUGGAUUACUUUAUCUCCCUUUCUUUUAUUGUUACUGCAGGUGUAACACAAUGGGGGUGGACUUCGAUGUCAAGACAUUCUGCCACAACCUGAGGGCUACCAAGCCACCCUAUGAGUGUCCUGUAGAGACCUGCCGUAAGAUAUACAAAAGUUACAGUGGUAUUGAAUAUCACCUGUAUCACUAUGAUCAUGACAACCCGCCACUUCAGCAGCAGACCCCAAUUCGUAAACCAAAAAAGAAAGGACGCCAUCCUCGCUCCGCAAACAAACAGUCGCCUACACACUCAGAAUUAUCUCAGUCACCCAGCCGUGAGGUGAUGACCUAUGCACAGGCGCAAAGGCUAGUUGAAGUAGAGCUACAUGGCAGGGUUCAUCGUAUAAGCAUCUUUGACAACCUGGACGUUGUUUCAGAGGACGAUGAAGUGCCAGAGGAGACGCCAGAAAACGGCAGCAACAAAGAAAACAAUGAGACUCCUGCCACCACUCCCAAAUCAGGGAAACACAAGAACAAGGAGAAGAAAAAAGACUCCAACCACCACCACCACCAUAGUGCAUCCACAGGGACCACUCCAAAACUCCCAGAGGUAGUCUACCGAGAACUAGAUCAGGACACACCAGAUGCACCUACUCGUCCUUCUUCCUAUUACAGGUAAAUUAUAGUUAUUUAGUUAUAAUCUCCAUAAAUCUGCUGCUACUAUGGUUGUUUGGUUGUUGUGUUUUUUUUUUUGCAUGUUAAGUUUUUGUCAUGUGGAGGCAUAACCUCACUGUACAACUAGUAAGUGAUUGAGGAAACACACAUGAUUAUUUAUUAAUCAAGAGCUUGUACUGUAGCCAUACACACGCUCAAAUGCUAUGAACGAAGCUACUCAGAAAUUUGCAACUGUAAAGUAUUGUUCUGCAUGAGUAAAAAUGUAUUGGUGCAAUCCAUUUUAAAUAAACACUUGUGCAGUUUUGUAUUUAUAUGGCAUGGAGCUUAUACCCAGGCUCUGGAAAAUAUAGUUUAGCCUGGAGUCGUCUUCCGCAUAGAGUAGAAACAUUUUAAUAAAAGAUGUUCUUACAAAACUGGCAUUUUCUAAUUUCUAAUAUUUCUAUUUUAUAAUACUUAACUUAUAGUCUAACAUGGCUAUUUACUAAAGUGAGAAUUCACAGUGAUAUUCAAAUUUAAGGCCAGAGUAGCUGAACUGAAAACAUAGCUGACUGAGAAUAUUUUACUUUUAGCUACUUUUACUCUAAAUCUACCCUGUAAGUGUGUAUUCUACUUGUACAUACAUAGAGCUGGAAAGUUGUCAGUCCACUUAAAAUCACAGACAAAAUCCGUAUUCUGAUUGGAUAUGCUCCUGAUGUUUGCCCUCUAUUCUGUGCAUCUUUCCUGCAGUAAUACCACCUAGAUCUGUUUUGUAAGUGAUUAUUUUUCUGUUAUUUAGGUACAUUGAGAAGUCCACAGAGGAGAUGGAUGAGGAAGUAGAAUACGACAUGGAUGAAGAGGAUUAUAUUUGGCUCGAUAUCAUGAAUGAGCGACGAAAGACAGAAGGCGUGAACUCUAUCCCACAGGAGAUCUUUGAGUACUUGAUGGACAGGCUGGAGAAAGAAUCAUACUUUGAGAGUCAUAACAAAGGAGACCCGAACACAUUAAUUGACGAGGAUGCCGUAUGUUGUAUCUGUAAUGAUGGGGAAUGCCAAAACAGUAAUGUUAUAUUGUUCUGCGACAUGUGUAAUUUAGCUGUGCACCAGGAGUGUUAUGGGGUCCCAUACAUACCAGAGGGCCAGUGGCUUUGUAGAAGAUGUCUUCAAUCACCUUCUAGAGCAGUGGAUUGUGCACUCUGUCCAAAUAAGGGAGGGGCAUUUAAGCAGACAGACGAUGGACGUUGGGCUCACGUGGUGUGUGCCCUUUGGAUACCUGAGGUUUGUUUUGCAAACACAGUCUUCCUGGAGCCUAUAGACAGCAUUGAACAUAUCCCAGCAGCGAGGUGGAAGCUGACGUGCUACAUUUGCAAACAGCGUGGCUCGGGUGCGUGCAUCCAGUGUCACAAAGCAAACUGUUACACAGCCUUUCAUGUCACCUGUGCACAGCAGGCUGGACUGUAUAUGAAAAUGGAACCAGUGCGGGAGACUGGUGCCAACGGGACAUCUUUCAGUGUCCGAAAGACUGCAUACUGUGAUAUCCAUACUCCUCCUGGGUCUGUCUGCAAACUUCCCACCCUCUCUCACAGUGAAGGAGAGGAAGAGGAUGAGGAGGAAGAGGAAGAUGGCAAAGGCUGGAGCUCUGAAAAAGUGAAGAAGGCAAAAGCCAAAUCAAGGAUCAAAAUGAAGAAAGCCAGAAAAAUCCUUGCAGAGAAAAGAGCUGCUGCCCCUGUUGUGUCUGUCCCUUGUAUUCCUCCACACAGGUAAAAAAAUUGUGCAAUACCCGUUCUACAACUGCACGGUUAUGUUGUAAAUACCCCUGCAGAGGAGGUGUCAAUGUCUUGUUUUUCUGUGCCAACUAUAUUUCCUCUGUCUUAAAGAGACACUGUCAACUUUUGGGGACUUUGUGUCACUGGUGACAGUAUGGACUCACUCUUAGACUCCGCUUUGAGUAAGAAAGUCAGACGGAGGACAAAUACAGAGACAAAGUAGUCCAUACUUUUUCUGUAUAUCUCCUAAAUGAGUUGGUUUUUCAGGGACUCUGCCGCUUUAAAAAAAAAAAAAACAACCUACAAUGUAUGAAAACCCUGUAUAUCUCCGUUAGUUUUCCUUUAAGCGGCGCAGUCCUGCACUAACAAUAUUAGCUACUGUUAUCUUUGGAAGUGACUUUGUUCCUCCUGACUGUAAGUUACUUUUAAUGCGCAUUUAGAAAGCAAUACGUUGGGUGCCUGAAGCCACCCAGUUUUAUGGCUGCAAGCAAGAUGACCAUUCUAGCAAUGUAAGGGUUGUUGAUAUUUUCUGUUGCUGAGCAUCUUCAGUUUAUUAAUUACAGUAAAUACUUAGGUUGCUUGUGUCAUGUGGGAGAACUUGCAAGUUUGGAUGCAAUAGGAUACAUGCAUUUCCAUAAGUGCUUUUAAAUUGUAAUGCAUGCUAUGGAUUGUACAUGCACACUCACCUGCUGGUGGAGCCAAGAACACAUGGUGAUGGCUGUUCCUGGCACCCUAAAUAUUUGGCAUCUCAUUUCCCAGAAUGCUCAGCCUGACAGUUGGUUGAGCAUCAAUGGAAAUAUAUUUUCCAGAAAUCUGAUGUGACAUGUUUAGCAAUCAUUGGUAUUAAAGGGAAACUCUAAUGUUAUAAAUACAUCUGUUGGUGUUCCUUUAAGAUAUAAGCUUAUAUUUGAAAGAUAAAAAAAAAAAAAAAUUCAUUGUAGAUCAGAGACAUGCAUUCUGUACUUCUGUCAUUGUACAGGUACAAGAUUCCAGACUGUCUGUUAACUCUCUUAUCUGUAGCUAAACGUUUCCUUGGCAACCCAAUACCAGAGAUUGGGCAGGCUGCAUUCAUAAUCGAUCGCAGUUUGAUGCACAGUGCUCUUUCAUCCCCUGCCACUUUGCAAUUGUCAUGACAACCAGCGCAGACUGACCUUUUUCUUAAGUGUACAAAAAAAAAAAACAGUGUGUGGUCACUGCAGUGCUAAAAAUAUAAAAAGAGUAACAAUAGUGCAGCAUAUGUGCCAAAACUGCUGUGGUUCCAGCACAGCAAAAUAUAGACCAGAAAAAAAAGUAGAAACUUACAAUGCACUGCUUAGUAGAUCAGGUCCACUCAUGAAACCCACAUUUAAGGAAGUGCAUUGUUUGGAGUAUAUAUUUGAGCAUAUGGACACAGGGAUACACAACAGCGAAUAACCCCAUUACAAAUCACAUAUGAAGUGGUUUUUUUUAUGAUGAUGCCGACAAUCAAAUUGCCAUCCUUUUACAGGCUAAUGUUGAGAUCGUGCAGCUCUUGGCAUAUUAACAUUUUUCAUGUAUCCUGAAACACUGCUAUUGGUUCUUUGAUGCCUGCAUUGGAAUGAUACAAUGCCCAGAAAAUGCCAUAAGAAUUGACCGCAUUUACAUGGCUGAAAAGGAGCUUUUAUACCAUCGCAGAUUAAUUUGUCCCCUGAGGUGCUAAUUAAAAUGCUCCUUUCACAUGUGUUAUUAACACCACUGAGAGUAAUUUAAGGAUUAUUCUGUCUAUAAUCUAUAUACAAAAGGAGGAGUUUUAAUGGUUGCAACUCCUCUCUCUCAAGUUACGUGUAAAUAAAGGAAAAGGCUGGUUGAAUUUUUAAAAAAAAAUGUUUAUUGAACUUUUUCAAUCUUUUUUUCAUUUUUAAAGGUAAUGCCACAAUGUCAUUAUUGCAGAUGGUAGUGUAACCCAUAACUAGGUGAACAUCAGCAACUGACCCCCUCCAUUUUUUUCUCCCAUUAAAGGAUCACUAUAGUGUCAGGAAAACAAAGUGGUUUUCCUGACACUAGUGCCCUCAGGGUCCCCCUCCCUUGGCGGUGAAGGCGUUAAAACCCCUUCAGCUACUUACCUUUAUCCAGCACCGGGCUUUCGCGGCGCUGGUGACCUCUCCUCCCCGUCCGACGUCAGCUCCCUAGUGGAGCCGAAUGCGCACUCAGAGUCCGUAGGAAAGCAUUUCUUAAUGCUUUCCUAUGGACGCUCUAUACGAUGGAUGCGAAAUUCGCAUCUAGCAUCGCAGAUGCGCCUCUAGUGGCUGUGCGGAAGACAGCCACUAGAGGCUGGAUUAACCCCAAAUGUAAACAUAGCAGUUUCUUUGAAACUGCUAUUUUUGCAUCUGAAGGAUUUAAACCUGAGGGACCUGGCACCCAGACUACUUCAUUGAGCUGAAGUGGUCUGGGUGACUAUAGUGUCCCUUUAAUCUUUUUAUACUGUUAAUCUUUCAAGGGUAUUGAAAAACCACCUGCCUCGUAUACAUAUGCACAUCUUGAUAUAGUUACACUCCAUGCAUUAUAGUGUUUAAAGGAACACUCCAAGCACCAUACCCACUAAAGCUUGCAAUCAACGGAUACUCGUGUCCUUUGAGCUUAGCCAUGCAUUGCAGGAAUCAGCUGGGGAGAGUAAACAUUGUUCCUACAGUGAUAUUGGAGGUAGGCAGCGGUGCCCUGUGAACCACAGGUAAGAAUUCAAACAAUUCUAAAACCGUUUGACUCCUUGCCUUAAAGGUGGAACCAGGUUCAUCUGGUACCAUAACCAGUGCAGUGAGCUGUAGUGAUAUGGUGCUUGGAUUGUUCUUUGAAACCCAUCAAUUCAUUAUGGCUUAUGUGAAAGGUUAUUAACUGGACAUUCCCACGCAAAUCUUUUUUUUUUUUUAAAUUUUUAUUUUUUUAUUUUUGCUUAAUACAAAUUCGAAAUUAAGUGAGGCAAUGUGGUUUGGCUAGACUUAAAAUCAAAACUCCCUUUUUAAAGCCACUUUAGCAUCUCUCAAAAUUGAUUCCUUUUAAUUCCUCUGAAAAUACUUUGAUGUUUUCCACCUUUUGUCAUCUCUGAUGUGUGUUUUGGUUUUUGUGUUUUUUUUUCUUUUUUGCAGACUAAGUAAGAUCACAAACCGGUUGACGAUCCAGAGAAAAAGUCAGUUUAUGCAGAGGUUGCACAGUUACUGGACGCUAAAGAGGCAGUCGCGUAAUGGAGUGCCCUUGUUGCGUCGACUGCAAACUCACUUACAGUCGCAAAGGAGCUGUGAGCAGGUCAGAAAAGAGCUCAUCUGUACCUAGAGCUAAGAAAAACGCUGAACAUGAAAAUAAGUCCCUUUUUUUUUUUUUUUUUUUUUUUUUCUCUUAAAUUAAAGGGAGUCUAUAAUGAAAAAGAUGUAAUGUCUUUUGUGUGUUAGUUGUUUGUUGUCUCCUGUGUCAAUGUAGUAUAACUAUACGUUAUGUCUGUUUAAAUCUAUUUUACUAUGAUGGUAAUCUUGCAGGCACAAACUCACCCUGCAACCACCUUCUGUGCUUCCUCCUGUCUGUGGUGAUAUAGGUGUUUUGUGUUAAGAACAGCUGUAUAAAAAUCAACAUGGCAACCAAUGGAAUGUUUCCUACAGUAGUUUCGUUUAGAACUUUGCUCUAGGUUUGCACCUUAUCAGAACCCACUGUGAUUCGCUGAUUCAAAGUACAUAUCACUAUGCAUAACAAGAUGUAAGUCUGUUUAUGCAGUAUCGCACUAAACACUAUUUGCAGAUUUAUGUAGAAUGCAACUUAUUGUGUACAUAACUAUGCAAAAUAGCAUCAGAGAAUAAAAAAAAAAAAAAAAAAUGUGACUUGACUGAUCGAGAAUAGGGAUAGGCUGCCUACAAAUUUGAAAAUGACAUGUAAAAUAAGUGAAUUGUUUUCGAUAACCCAGAGUAGAGGGGUUUGACCAACCCGAAAGCCCAACCAUCAGUUAUCAGACCUGGAAUUUCAGAGUAUUCUUCAAAAACAGUUUAAUUUCAGAUAAUAAUUAUAAACUAAUUUUAUGGCUACUUUAAAAAAUAUAUUUUUUUUUCUCUGGGCCAUGGGACUGCAAGUAGGUUGUUGUUGUUAAAACACUGUUCAGAAAGUCAAAGCUCAGUGUGAGGUGUUUUAGGCCUCACUUGACAAUCCCUGCCAACAGCCACCACUCCUAUAUAUGUUAACCGCUGUCGCCUAAUGAAUCAGUGCUCUGUUUAUUCUUCUGCUAUGUUGUGUGUUAAGAGUCGUGUUGUUUCCUGUCUGGGCAGGGUUGUCUGUCUUUUCUGAGCAGAGUGCAAUUAAAAAAAUAUUUUUUUUUUUUUUUUAAAUCAAUUUAUAAUGGAUCUUUGCUUUCAAUCUGAGCAUCACACAAUAGAUUGUGUAGUAAUAUGAUCAUAGAAAUCAAUCUGUAUGUAUUGUAUCCCUACCUAAUAGGAAAUGAAAUGGCGUAUACCUCUUCCUGAUGAUGUACCGGUGCACCUGGGAACAAUUGCUAAAUCAAAUGAUGAGUCUGGAGAUCAAACCCAUAAGGUGAUAAGAGAGAAAUCUCAGAGGAGACAUAGGGUUCUUUAUAUUUAAAAAAAAAAAAAAAAUUUCAGUGCAGUUUUUGGUUUUCCCCUUUCCUCUUAUAUUUAAAAAGUUUUAAAGAAAACAUGGCUGCAUAUGGGUAAAUCAUUGUGUGACAGAACCAUAAUUAAAAUACAACAUUUUAUAAUUGCAAAGACCAAAGCCUACAAAAGAACUAGGAGACAGAAAUUAUGUAAAAAAUAGUAUAUUAUGAGAAGGGUGAAAUAUAUCUGCAUGUGUAUUGCAGCACAUGGUGACAAGACACUGAAAAUUCAUAAAGAUAACCAGAAAGACCAAAGAGCAGGGCCAUUUAUGGCAAUGGUGUCAAAAGAUGGCUCCCCACAGAUUAACCAAGAAAUAUGAGAACGAGUAAUCCAACAACUGGAGAAACCAAGGAUCCAAUUCCCCUCAUUUAGGGCGAUGUAUUUAGUAGAGAAUUAUUUGAAUCUAUUCCUUUAAUGCGUUAUUACCUUUUAAGAUGAAUUGCUUUCUACUAAGAUCUCAUGAUUCAUUGUGCAUUCAUAUUCUAUAUAACUUUACAAAUCGUACGACUUGUGAUUAUUUAUUUAUUUUAACACUUGUUAAAAGACAAUUAUUGAGUGAGGGUAUGGUGUGCAAAGGGUAAAUAAUUUUGCAUGUCCACUCUUUUAAUAGAAUGACACCAGUGACAAGAACUGGGUGUUAAAGGAACAGCUGAAAUCAUGGCAGAGAUUGAGACAUGAUCUGGAGCGGGCACGUCUGCUGGUAGAAUUAAUACGGAAACGAGAAAAGCUGAAAAGAGAAACGGUAAUCGACCUCUAUCCUCCAGCUAAAUUGUAUUUUCCUGUUUUCUUCCACUGGCCUCUCUCGGCUCAUUCUAAAGCUUUUCUUUCUCUUACAGAUUAAGGUUCAGCAGUUGGCACUUGAGGUGCAGCUGACUCCAUUUCUCAUUCUUUUGAGAAGAACAUUAGAACAGUUAGAGGAGAAAGAUACAAAUAAUAUAUUCACUGAGCCAGUCCCUCUGUCAGAGGUAACAGAAAUCUACGAAGUAAGAAUACCACCUCAUCCACUUUUAUUUUUAUACUUCAUGUUUGGCAAUGUGCAUUUUAUGUUCUGAAUUUUCUGUUAUUUACAACAUAAAUUCAUACAUGGCAUUAAGUAUGUUAUGUUUAUGAAAAUGCCAGCAAAAUAUAACACUUGAACAGUUGUCUAGUUUUUUUGGGGGGGGGGAUUUCUUUUCAAUUUAGUGCUGCAGGAUGUCUGCAUUUUUUUGCUGCUAUUUGUAUUUUAUUUUUUUUGUCAUCUAGGCAUUUCCUGAUCAGAUACUUUGCCUUGAAUUAAUAUCUGUGCUAAGAUUGACUCAAAACAAAAAGCAGCCAUUCGAAAUGCAGUUUUGAAUUCAAACAGAAAAGAAAAAUAAUUGGGAUCUCUAUGGAGCUAUUUAAAUGUAUUUCAUAAUACAUGAUUGGUUGUGGAACAUAACUCAUAAAACACAAUUCAAAUAUACUGUUCUACACAAAUAUAAACAUACACCCUCCUAACUGUCUUAGAUGACAACAAUACAGGAAAGGAAAACCUUGAUUAAAGUGAACAUGUAAUGGAAAAAAUGUACUUACCUUAAAUCGCUCCCAUAUAUAUCGAAUACAUCAAGUUUUAUUCACUCUUCCUCUGUUCCAGCGCUGCUUCAUUCCUCCUGGCCAUCCAACUCUUUGCCUCUGUCCUUCUUUGAUUUGCCCUGCUUGGGAUGCAGGCAAAUAUUGUGACGUGGGCCAGCAUGCCGUCAAGUCACUCUGUUCCUAUACUCCCAUAGCAACCACAGCAUGCAGUGCAGUUGCUAUGGAAGGAGAACAGAGGGACCUCCCGUGGGAGAUCUUUUCUGCUCUCCCUCUUUUUAAAGCAGGGCUUAAAGUUUCAUGUUGUAUGUUACCAGUGUAGGACAAGUAAAUUUACUCUCCACUGCGAGCAUAGAGAGUCCAUGGCUCACUUACCAGAGUGAGUUUCUACUCACCAGGGUGAUAUUUUCACUUGCCAAUGAACAUCAAAUCCUGCAAUAUAGCAACAAUACUUCUCGUAGAGAAGCAUUGAAUCCACUCACGUACUUUGAAGUACAGUUCCAAAUGAACGAGGCAGGAAACUUUCCCGGCUGUCUGCUUGACAGUCAGGAGUUUUUAGUAAAGGGAUUUUACAUCAUGUUAUCUUUUGAGACAUCCUUAGCAGCAAGCCAUUGUGCAUUAAAUCUCCUGAUUAAUCACAACACUAAUGAAAUAAUGAAUUUAAUUUAUCUUACUGUGACCGACUUAUAUAACCAGUAUAAACAGUUAAUUAAUUGAAAAAACAGUUGCCCAAUGCUUAUAAUAUUCAAACUGCAUAAUGGUUACACCCUUAUAUAUCCCAUGGGAACAGUAAGAAUAAAAUUCCAAGUAUACCUUCACAUUAUGAUAUAUUUUGUUUUAUUAUUUUUUUAAAUGAGAAUGUUAUCUGAAUAUAACAAGUCUGAUUUUCCUGUAGGUGUAACAAUUUUUUUUAUUUUUUAUUAUAUAAAUCUUUGUUUUUGUUGUGCAUGAAAUUACAGUAGGCUUGCUCAGCUACAACAGCAGUCGCAGGCAGAGUGAUAACAGGCAUUAUAAGUAUGACAUGGCAUAUGAAUAGACAGCACAAUUGUUGGUUUAUAGUAAUAGGAGGGAUAGACCGUGGAGAGACAAAGCAUAUUAUCAGAUACAGGCUUUUCUAGCUGUCUGUGAUGGUAGUAUAAAUUAGAGUUCAAUGCUUAUAGUACAUGCUAAGCAACUUAAAAAUUAACAUUUAUAUAUGAACAGGCUUAGACGUAGUUUAGCGCAGACAUGGUCAUUUCUUGAGCUGGUACUGCACUAUUGUUUAGAGUAGAUUAAUGAAACUUGCUUAUGCGGGAUAUGUCAAUGAGUGAUUGAGCGGUCAUUACACCUCAUUGUGUUACAUAUUCUGGCAUUUGAGGUUUAAAGGAGCACUAUAGGGUCAGGAACACAAACAUGUAGCGUUAAAACCACCAUCUAGCCCCCCCCUGUCCGCCUCAUGCCUCCCUAAACAUAGUAAAAUCUUACUUGUAUUCAAGCCUGCAUCUGCAGGCUUUGUCCCUGUUUCCUUUUCCUUUUGACUUGCCCACUGCCUGCUGACAUCAGCAGAAGUGGUAGCCUGAUCCAAUCACAGUGCUUCCCCAUAGGAUUGGCUGAGACUGACAAAGAGGCAGAUCAGGGACAGAGCCAGCAUGAUUCAAACACAGCCUUGGCCAAUCAGCAUCUCCUCAUUAAUUGAAUUAAUGAAUCUCUGUGAGGAAAGUUCAGUGUCUGCAUGCAGAAGGUGGAGACACUGAAUGUUUGGAUGCAUUUUAGGCAGCCAUGACCCAGGAAGGAUCUCUAACAGCUAUCUAAGGAGUGACCAGUGAAGUUAUCACUAGGCUGUAAUGUAAACACUGCAUUUUCUCUGAUAAGACAGUGUUUACAGCAAAAAGCCUGAAGGUAAUGAUUCUACUCACCAGAACAAAUUCAAUAAGAUGCUGUUGUUCUGGUGACUAUAGUGUCCCUUUUAAGGGACGUAGGGUUGAAAAAGUAGAGGCAAUGCUUUGGGAUGAGUUGGCAGACAUGUUAAUUAGAGUAAUGUGAAAAAUAAAGUAAUAAUGGUAGUUUAGUCCAAUUGUAGAUAUCUAGUACUCUGUAAAGUAAAAAGAGCAACUAACCAUUGGAUUGACUAUGAAUGCCAGAAGGACACCAAAUAAUGUGGUUACUGCAAGCGUUUCAUACACGUUAUGAGCAUCCCUGUGGGCUGCUUAGCCGAUGCCACGUGAUGGGUGUUACUAUUUUUUACUUUGUGUCUAUUACCUCAGUAUGCAUAGAUUUUAUUUUUAUCUUUGCAGAACAGGAAUAUUCAGUAACUUGCAUACUGAAUGCUGUUAUGCGAGAAUAAAUAUAUAUCGGCUGCAUUUUUUUUGCCUUUCUAGUUACUCAGUGGGGUUUAUAUGGUGAGCACUGAAUUUUACUGAAUUGAAAACUAAAUCUCAAAAUAUAGGUAGAAAUUAAGCUGUUAUUACAGCUGAGUUGGAGAAUUUCCAAACAGAAUUACAAAAUAUAGGCUCUGCAUUGGUCACAGCUUGCAGCGUAAUUCGUGUACGGGCUGACUAAUGUCACUUCUGUGCAUAUUUCUAUGCACAGAGUUGCAUUUUUGGCUGAGUGGUCUGCUAAUGCUCUCAGCCAGUGAAUGGAUGGCAAGUUUGGCAUCUGGCUUCUGUAGCUUAAAAAAGUGUAGGUACCGUUCGGCAUAAACUAUGGCUCUUAAUCCAGCACACCUCUUGUUGGCUGCAUUGAUAAUGCACAAUAUAUUAAAUCAAUCUUCAUUUUGUCCAACUUGGACUGCAGUGAUUAUUUGAGAGGACUGGGAACAGGAAAGGUUGGACAAAAUUGUUAAAGCAACGUGUUAAUUCCACAUUAUUAAUGGUCUACAGGUACCAGGAAGUUCUAUGUCAAAUUGUUUUUAAAUGAUUUGACAUUUAACCAGGGGACAGUGCCAGGUUGUUCGAUGCAUCAUAACAAAUAUACAAAGCUGGACUGGUUUUGUUGCUUAGGAUGCCCCUUUGAUGUGUUGUUUUCACUGCAAAACAUUAUUUGCAUUAAUCACCCUAAUGGGUCCCUGUUUUUUAGCCGCAUGCUCUUUUCUCAGUGUUAUGGUAACUUGUAUUACCAUAACCGUGUCUAUAAACUUGAAUACUAAAGGUUGUUCUUAAAUGGCAUAUCCAAUAGCAUAGUUUUUAUCCAAUUAAAUAGAUUUAUUUUUCUAUAGCCAUUCAUCAUGACCUUUCAAUAAUAUUAUGUUGAGUUCUGUGUGGAAAGAGGAUAUUGUUGUCUCCCUGUGUAAUAUUUAUCUUGCACUCACAUGGUUUUUUACUAAAGAAAGAUUUAGAAGUGAAUUGAAAAUGUAAGUCCAAACUCGUAGUGUAGGUGACUCUGAUAAUAUUUUCAGUUCAGCUAAUUUGACCUUUAAAUUUGAAAUUCACUUUGAAUUCCCAUAGUGCAUAUCCCUGCCAGUACUGGAUUUUGAGUCUAGACAUCCGGGUUCUACAGAUUUCUGUUGUGGACAAGUCUUUGUAUGAGCUUGGGGCAACUCUGAUUAUAGUGGGGAAGAAAAUCAGCAAGUGAUAUUGUUGAAAGUGAUCUUUGUUAAAAGUUAGUUGUUUUGUAGCUUACAUCUAUUUGUUCUAUCAUGGAUCUUGGUUUUCAGCAGAUCUGGGCAAACAUCAUGGUCUGCUGUAAGUAACUUUUUAAAAAGUCUAACAUGCUAAAAAUAAACCAAAUCCGCAUUUCUUGCAUCAAUUCUUUUUAUUAGCUGCUGUUCUUAUUUUUUCCCAAGGUACCUGACUACCUAGAACAUAUCAAAAAGCCCAUGGACUUUCAGACAAUGAAACGUAAUUUAGAGGCAUUGCGCUACCAAAACUUUGAUCAGUUCGAGGAAGACUUCAAUUUGAUAGUCGGAAAUUGCAUAAAGUACAACUCUAAAGAUACUAUCUUCUACCGAGCAGCUGCCCGUCUCAAGGAACAGGGGCAAGCUGUGCUUCGACAAGCUCGUCGCCAGGCUGAGAAGAUUGGCAUUGAUUUUGAGACUGGAAUGCAUUUGCCUCAAGUCUCUACGGCAAAUGAGAUUGGGCGUCACAGCAGGAAAAAUGGUAAGUGAUAGUUGAACACAAAAUAGUUGGGGAAAACUAAUUCUGUUGAAAAGGGUGAGUUAUCACAGAGUGUGUCUGAUGGAGGUGAAGUGGUAACUUCGGGAAUUUAAUAGACAUGUUAUGUAAGGUAUUGCAGUGGUUACGGUGAAAAGAGUAUGUGAGCAGUUAUUUCUGUAAACCUUUUGAAAAGAGAUGUGGGUUUUCUGGACCCAAUGUCCACAUAUUCUACUUGUGCAUUAUUUAUCUGAAGCUGUUCAACUUUGAACAGCAAUGAAAGGCUUUGAGCAGCUUUGCCUUGUACUUGUAGCCUUUGAUUGCCAUCCAAGCAUAGACUGCUUUAGAAGUAUAAUGUGAAAUUCCACCAAAUUGGAGCAGAAGCAGUGGAGCUGGGCUUUGAUUGCUGGGACAUUUUAAUUUUUUUCUGAUCUGUUCAAAACUUCUAAAUUGUAAGAUGGGCAUUAAAAGACUCCUUGAACUGUAAUCGCUACAGUGAGCUGUACUGGUCAAAGUACUUUGCAUUGACACAUUACCUAAUCUUUAAGUGACAAAGAAUUUCUGAGUAAAUCAUUUUUCUUGAUGAAACCAUGGCAGCAUUAAUGGGACCCUAUUGUCACCAAAACAACUUUAGCUUAAUGACGCUAAAUUAGAUUAUGCCCCUGCAGCCUCACUGCUCAAUUCACUGCUUUUUAGGAGUUAAAUAAUUUUGUUUAUGCAGCCCUAGUCACGCCUCACUGCAAGUAACAUAAGUGCACAGCCUUCCUAAACAUUUCCUGUAAAGAGAAAUCUGUUUAAACUUCCUUUGUUACACAUUCUGUUUUUUAGAAUUUCUUAUCUCCUGCUCUGUUAAUAACUUGCCAGACUGUGCAGAAUCCUCCUGUAUGUUAUUUAAAUUCUGUUUACAGAAUAGGAGAUAAAGCAUUCUAAAGUUUACAUCUGAUUUGAAAAUGAAACCAGUUGAGUUUUUUUUCAUGCUGUCUGUCUUUAAAAACCAGGGGGUGUGUGACUAGGGCUGCAUAGACAGAAACAAAGGUGGUUUAACUUCAAAAUGGCAGAGAAUUAAGCAGUGAGACUUUAGAUUAAUGAAGCAGUUUUUGUAUAUGGAUUAUAACUCUGAAGUUUUUUUUGGUGACCAUAGUGUCCCUUUAACUAUCGGGUAGAAUCAAUUUCACAACGGACUAGAAACAGAACUUAUCUCAAACUGGUCUCUAAAGAUCCAGGGAUUGCAUAAAUUGUUAACUCUAGACAACCCUGCAACCUUUAAAAUAGUUGGGCAUUACAUUAUGAUAUAGGUUAUUUCUAGGCUGUUAAGUUUUAAAAGAAUAAUUCCAUCUUUAGACCUUGAGGGGUUAAAGGUGUUGCUCAAUGCAUAUGGGGUGCACUUCUCUCCAUAUUUUCUUGUUGUUACCAGUUUUUGAGUGCACCCAAAAUCUUGAACUAACUGAUCAAAUAGUACUACUAACUGCCUUUUUUUUUUCUUCUCUGGGUUGUUUGCAAUAAUGUAUAUAUCUACUUGAAAUAAUAAUAUUUAAAAAAUAUAUAUAUUUUACCAGAUUUUGAACGGACUCCUCAAUCUGACAACAGAAAACAUCAAACUUUGGAAGAACAGUUAAAGUUUCAGCUGGCGCGGCUGGAUGAGGUCAAUGCAAGCAAGCAAAGUGUAGGGAAAGCCCGCCGUGCCAAGAUGAUCCGCAAGGAGAUUACUUCCAUCCGCAGGAAAAUGGCUCAUCAGCAAGAAUCCCGUAGGGAUGGUGGCAUGGGCCGACACGGCUCAUCAGGGCGAGGAGCCAUGCCUUUGCACGGUCCUUCGGAGAAGGAUGGACAGACGGACAGUGCUGCAGAAGAGAGCAGCAGUCAGGAGACGGGGAAAGGUACUGACCUGUGUUAGUUCAGACUGCUUUCUUAUCUCAGGGGCCUCUUCUGCAGCUUUGUGUAGAUUUGAAUCUGUUUACAUUUGUGUGUUUGUGGUGUUUUUUUGUAUGGCACUUUUCAUUUGUUUCAUUUUACAUUUUUUUUUUUUUUUUUUUUUUUUUAAGCUUGCAACUCGUGCACUCCCCUUUCAAGUUGAAAAGAGAAAUCACUUAUAAAUAAUUCUGAGAGUUGAUACAUAGCCUCUUCCUGAAAUUGAAAAUUCUACUUAACUUUCAUGCCAUCAGGAAGGCCAGAACGGGCACUGGUAACCAUUCCACCUCAUUGAAAUGAUCAUAAUCCCUGGGAUACCCUGGCACUCUCCCAUCAUACUGUGUUAUUUCAGUCCUGGGAUUCAUAUCUGCAAUGGACGCUGUCAUUGGCAAGCGUUCAGCCGACACUCUCAGCCAAUCACAGAUUCCAAGUGCUGCUCAGACUGAUAUUUCUUCAUUAGCCCAAACAGCAAAUAGAGGAUGGGUUGCUGAGUUUAUCAUUUAGCAUUAAAACAUUAAAAACAGUUUAAUUCUGAGUGGAAGAACAGUGCCAAGAAACUUCAGACUCUAUUACAACUUCAAUGAGAUGAAGCAAUUACAGUAUCUAUAGUGUCCCUUAAAUGCAGUAUGAUAGUUCCCAGCAGCCCAUCCCCUCUGUGCUGCUCAGGUUAAUAAGGAAGCAUUAGCAUGAGCAGCAGUGGGCAACUGUGAUUGGCUGAGAGUGUCAGCUGAAAGCCUUCAGCCUAUCACGGUGUCCAUUCUGGUAUGAAUCGGUAUGGCUACAAGGAAGUGUGUAAUCUCUCUGCAUUAUCACGCCUCCAGUAGGGGCUGGACUGUGGGCAGUCAAGGCAUCUCAUUCAGUGUUAAAAUGGUUUGACAUUUAUUUGAUGGACAGUGAAUGAUGAUACCCAUGUUUUAGUACAGGUGAGUUAGUCAGUGACCAGGAGCUGAGGAUAUCUCUGACAGUGGGACUGUUGGACAGAAACAAAAUCCUAGAUUUAGAAACUAUCAUGAAUUCUGUAUUGUUAGUGUUAAAUCCACCAACAGAAACACCAUGCAUUGUUUUUAUUUGCAGCAUGCACCAACCAUAGGGGCUACAUUUUAACAACUGGUAACCUCAAUCAUUCCAAUUCUUUUGUGAUAGUCUUAAACAACUGUGCACUAUAAGCAGCUGCAGGUUGCCUGCCUUUGCGUUUUAUGCACACUGUAUCAAUGAAAAUGUGUUGACACUUUAGCUCUCUCUGCAACUUACCAAGUAUGGUCUAGAUUGUUGCUUAAAUGAUGCAACCUGUAAAAAGAAUAUUGAGAUUAACCCAUUGUAGCGCAUUGUGGUUUAUAGUAAUGAUUUUAUUGGGAUUUGGUGUAAUCUUAGAUGUUAUACAGUCUGACAAGAGAAGCACUUGAGCAUGUUGUUAGCCUAGCAAAGUGUUAUGGGAGUUGUAGUUUAAUAGCUGGGUGAGCUACCUGUUUGCUAUCCAACAUAUGAGCUCUAUAUACUGUGGCCUAUUCAGUUUCAGGAAGAGGCGUUCGUAUUUAAAAUGCUGAUUCAAAUCGUCUCCUAUCCCUUUAGUAAAAGGGCUAACUCUGACACUGUAUAUUUUCCUGUUUGUUUGUCGAGUAAGAAUAACGUGCACAAUCUGGUUGCGAAAAAAGAGGAUCUAUAGAUUUACUACUAGUUGGGAAUUGGCAAGCUAAUUUCAAUGAACGUUUAUAAUAGCAUGCAGUAGAAUGCCAAUCAUGGCACGUAUUGAAAACUGUAACAAGCUCUCUUUCGUGUUGGAAACUGUUCACGAUAGAAUUAUGUAAUGUUCGAGAAAUUGGAGAGACUGGAUUUGGAUACAUUAGACACAUAUUGACAGAAAAGGGUUAAACGACUGUGAUUGUUGAAUAUAUACACUGUACAUAUUGUACUUCCUCUGUACUGUAUUUGUAUUGUACGUUUUUGCUUCCCUUGGGUGUGUUUUUUUUAAAUUUUUUUUAAGAGUUUAGAAGCAUGCUUACCUACUACUACAAACCUGGUAGCAUCCACUUUAAUUUCUGCAUUUUCGCAGAGACUCCGCCUCAUUGAGAGGUGACUUUGGUAACCACAGAUAUGUGGGACGUUAAUUUAUUUCCUUUUCUUUCUUUUUUUUCUUCCAGGCCUUGUGGUCAAUUUUGAAUUACUACUGUUGUAAAUAGCCAUGUCUUUAUAUACAGUAUAGGGUUGAGGGAUCGAAAAAAAUAUUCAGCACUUAGCAUGUUUCUUGUGCCAUACAAGACAACAUAAUGUUAGGCCAUAGAGGUCUGAAAACGAUUAUGAUAUCUGUGAAAUUAUGUUUCAGGUGGAAAGAAUCCACAAAAUAUGACAAUGCUACAUAAAAAGGGUACAGGGUUUCUUAUUCCUGACAAAUGAAUGUGAUUGUAACAACCUCUGAAUUUUAAUUCUUAACCAUGUAGUUAUCCAUGCUGUGAAAUGUCUUUGUUCUUCUUGGAUGUAAUCCUUUGAAAGAAUAAACACACAGGUGCAGUGCAAUGCCCAGACUAGGGGUAACCCUUAGAAAAUGCUUUAGUUUCAAAGAUGCGAUCCUUUGCUUUAUCUUGGUAAACCAAAGUCUCUAAGCCUAAGAUUAAGGUAAUUUGUUGAGGUACACAGAGCACGCCAGCUGGAUACCCCUGGAAUAACUGCUUGUGUUUUACACAGCACUAGCAAUUAAAACAAAGUACAGCAAUAGUUGAUUCAGUGUAUCUAUAUACUACUUCUGCUGUUUAAGAAAAGGCAUUCAAUGUAUCACAUACUAGAAACAAGAAAUAAAGAUCUAGAUCAUAAUUGGUGUGUCCACCAUUUGCAAAUGCCAUUGUUUUCUUAACAGUAUUGUUGUACAUUUUUUUUUUUUUUUUUUUGAGGGUUGGGGAUUUUUCUGUCUUAGACUCAGUGCGUCCUUUUUUUAUUUUUUAUACAUAUAUAUAUUAUUGUAAUCAAGCACUGUAUAUUCUGAAAAUUCUUUUUGGGUAAUGUGUUUUUUUUUUUUUUUCUAUCAAUAAAGUGUGUUUAUUUAAAACUUACCAUUUGCCCCUUUUGUGUUUUUGGUGCGCAGGGAGAUAUGCCUCUUUCUUUCAGCGCUUCACACACAAGCACAGCCAUAUAUAUCUGUAACCUUUUCUCCAGCUUUGAUAGCUGUUUUGAUAUUUACCUAAAGAAAUUACAUACAUUCAUGUUCUUCCCUCUCCUCUUUUGUCCCAACCUUCUUUAUUUCUCCCUUUGUGACAUACUGAAAAAAAAUUUCCUCCUCCUUGCUCCCUGUGCCUUAAAAUUCUGCGCUAUCUCUACCUGUCUCUGUUUCUCCUCUCAGGAAUUGGCCCAAACACUUCCGCCACCCCUGCACAUGAAGUUGGUAGAAGGACCUCUGUCCUUUUCUCCAAGAAGAACCCAAAAACUGCUGGACCUCCAAAGCGACCAGGGAGGCCACCGAAAAACCGAGACAGCCAGCUGGCAUCAAGCCAGAUCAGCAGCCCAAUAGGGCCACCUCAGCUCUCAAUUAUUGGGGGGUCACAGAGACUACGUAAAAGAGGCCGAAGUCCACGUCCAACUUCCAGCUCAGACAGUGACAGCGACAGUGAUAAGUCAGCAGAAGAAAGAUCUUUGGGUGAGUUGGAUCAAGCACAAAUAUUCAGCAUGCAUUAAUUCUGAUAAAUGUUUUUUCUAAAUAAUGUAAUCUUGUUUAAGUUUUUGGGAGGGGAUCGUAAACUGUCUAAACAUCAAAAGGCAGUUACAGUAUAUAUAAAUCCUUUGCUUUUUCACUUUAGUGCACAUAUUUACAUAUAGCGCCCAGAGAGGCGUUAAGUCUAUAGUGCAGGUUAUGGAAGGCAGAGCAGUCACUAUGAGUCUGAAACUGGACUCACAAUGCUUUGCACAGUAUAUGCCUUAAAAAGUGACUUUCACCCGACAAUGCUUUGCUCAACACCUGGUCCCAGGCCUUGUUUUCUUACAAAUAUCAAUAAGCCGACACCUCCAUGACAACUCAAAUAACCACUUAAAGUGACAUUCCGCCCUCCCCCCAGCUUUCAAUCAGACAACAGUUCUUCUUGCUUUGGUUAGCUCAGUAAAAAUAAACUCAAGAAGCAGCAAUUGCCAAGAGAACCUGCCUUGCAAAGACUUCACAUUGAGCCACGUUGGGAAGUCUGUGAUUGGACAGUUACAGAAAGCCUGGGCUGAGUUAGAAGGAAGGGCUUGCAAGCUCUGCAGACAAGAUAACAUUUUCUCAAUAUAUUUUAGAUAAACCCCAAUUGAGAAAAUAGUGAUUUUUGUAUUUGGGCUGUGGAAUGUUACAUGGUCCAUCUUAAUAAAGAAUUACAGUGUGUUGCUAGAAUUAUUGACAGGCGUAGCAAUGUUACAUCAGUCAAGCCCUCUACAUUGUGUUUAGCUGUUUUAGUGACUCAUGGGGAAUAUGUUGUACUGUGUGAUUAUCAUUUGCCUCACAUUCCAGAAUAAAUGAGAAUUCAAUGACCCAUCAUUCUGGGGGCUGGUUUCCCCUCUUCUGUUUCUCCCAAAGACUUACCGACGAACGGCUUCAGUGGCAGUAACCAGCAGGUCAAAAAGAGUUUCUUAGUUUACCGUAAUGAUUGCAACCUUCCCAGAAGCAGCUCCGACUCGGAGUCUAGCAGCAGCAGUAGCAGCAGUGCUGCCUCCGACAGGACCAGGUAUGCUUAAUCUUUAUGAUUUCAGAUAUGAAUUGUGCAUUCUAUCAUGGUCUACCAGCCUUCUGGCACCAUAGCUGUUGGUGAUUUCUCAUGAAGCUCUACAAGUCAAAGGCUUACAUGCUCAAUCUAGGCACAUUAACUUCUACAUGCCAGUGUAGUGGCUAUUGUGCCAUUAGGUUGUAGACAGUUGGUCCCAGAGGCUCCUGUGGACUGUCCACUUGCCAAAGCCACUAAUGCAGAAUUUUCACAUUAAAGGGACAAUAUAGUCACCAGAACCACUAAAGUUUAAUGUAGUUGUUCUGGUGUCUACAGCAUGUCCCUGCAGACAUUUAAGUGUAAACGCUGCCAUGUCAGAGAAAAGGCUGUGUUUACAUUGCUUGAUAGUUACUCACUCAGACUGCGACUUAAGGUGCUUCCUUGUCAUGUGCUGCACAUUUAGCAUCUCCAUGCUCUACAUGGAGGCAGGGCGAGACUGGCAUGGCAUGGUGGAAAAGAUGAGUAAAAUCACCUUUUUACUGAGAUUGGGGUGGCUGGACAACUAAACAGCCACUUUAAAGGAUCACUAUAGGGUCAGGUAUUCCUGACCCAAUAGUGUUUAACCGACCUAUAAAAGUAUAAAACUCACCUUGUUUCCAGCGCUGUGCAGGUCUGCCGGCGCUGGCUCCACCCCCUUUGUGACAUCAUCGAAAUGGACAAUUUUUAGCCAAUCCAAUGCUUUCCCAUAGAGAAAGCAUUGGGUUGGCUAAAAUUGGCACAGGGCGGGGCCAAAUGCCGUUUUGGCUAACCAGGACCUCCACAUAUGAGGAAAAUUCAGCGUCUCCAUGCAGAGCGGGAGGACGCUAAAUAGCAGGGCUGCUUACUGUGCAGCCCUGAGCCAGGAAGCCCCUUCAGUGGCCAUCUAAAGAGUGGCCACUUGGAGGUGUCCCUAGGGGCAAUGUAAACAAUGCCUUUUUGCUGAAAAGGCAGUGUUUACAUGAAAAUACUGGAAGGGAGCUAUUAUACUACUCACCAGAACAACUACAUUAAGCUGUAGUUGUUCUGGCGACUAUAGUGUCCCUUUAAGACUAUAAUCUCAGGAAUACAUGUUUGUAUUCCUGACACUAUAGUGCUCCUUUAAUAAUAUAAAUUUCUUCUAUAUUAAGGCCAGUCAUUGGCUGAUGCUUGUGAUAAUUAAAUGUAAUGGGCAUGGUGCCCAGACUGAUCCAUAACCACCCCUGAUCAAGACUCAACAUAAAAGAAGAUCUUGUCAAUAAAAUAAUGUAGUCUUUAAGAAAUGUUGUAUGAUUUUUGAUUGUUUCUAGUCAAAAAAAACAGACUAGAUAAUAGCAUGUAACAGUUUUUUAGUAUAAUCUAAAAAAUAUUUGUUCUUUAUUUCUACUCACACCUUUUUGGUACCUUCUCCACGGGAGAAUGUUUGUUUUUAGUGUGUGGGGGUAAAAAGGCUUUAAAACCUUACUCUGAGACUCAGCAGUUUCUCCUACAGAUUACACAUAAUCAUUCUACAGAUUUUUAGAAAUGUCAGAGGUUAUCAGGCUAUAACAAUUGAUUAAGUGAACUUUUUCAUGAGUCAAAAGGCUGCGUAAUUAAAUAAGCCGAUAUAUUGUUAAUCAAAGAAGUCUGUCCACACAGACCAGGAGAUACAGCAGGUAAAAGUAUGUGGAAGGUGCAGCUCCUAGAUAUGAGUCAUAUUUCAUAAUUACCCCCUCAAUGAAGUGCACACCCUAUUUUGACGUGUGUCUGCAUAUAUGAUAUAAAUUGUAAAUUGUAUUGAAAAGAUAAUUCUCUGUCCCCUACAUACCAGGAAAGUGGUUUUUAAAAUGUUUUACCUGUAUUUAUAUAUAAUACUUGGCUUUUUUUUUUUUUAAAUAAAUAUAUCUUCCCUAUAGCACAACCCCCUCCAAGCAAGGUCGAGGAAAACCUUCUUUUUCUAGAGAGAAUUUUGCAGAUUAUAGCAGUGAAGAUACGUCUGGAACUGAAAACGAAUCUUAUUCUAUGGGCAGUCGAGUUGGACAUGGCUGUAAGUGAUUCAGCUAGGAUUGAAGAAAAAAAAAUUAUUGUAAAUCAUUUAUUAAUUUUUCCAUGCAAUUUUAAUCAAGCACAGUAGAAGAUCUUUUAAUGCCCCUUGCAGAAUGUAUUUUAUUUCUUUUAAAAUAUAGAUAUAUAAAUGUUAUGGAAACAGUGCAAACAGUAUUUUAUAUUACAGUAAUCAUGAAAAAUGCACAUAUGUAGAAAUGGCAAAAAAACAAAAUCGCUUGGCCCACCCAGUCUGCUUACUCCCCUUCCUCCUCCCCCAUUUUAUGUACCAUGAAACAGACAUACAUUCAUUGAUUUUCAAAAUGUUUAUACCAAUUUCAUAACACAUUUGUGCUUUUGUUUUAUGAAAUAAGCUGCAGUCUUAAAUCAGUUUAACAAAGUUUAAUAACAGUCAGAAUGCUUUAAAUUUAAUUUUACUCUUACUAAAUUUGCUUUAGAAUUGAUCUUUGUACAUGUCCACCAUUGCAUUUCAAAGUUCUAAAAAAGUAGAGCAAUGAAGUUUAAUAUCUUUGCUUACUAAACACAAACAUUGUGGUCCAAAAAUAUAUUUUCAACUCCCCCAAAAUGAACACUUUUUGUAUGCAGUUUAAGAGCCCAAAACAUGCUGGUGACUUGACCUUUUUCUGUUGUUCAAUAGUGGUACGCAAAGGAAUGGAGGGCCGAGGGGCUGGGUGGCUGUCCGAAGAUGAAGACUCCCCUCUAGACGCCUUAGACUUGGUGUGGGCCAAGUGUCGGGGAUAUCCUUCAUAUCCAGCUCUGGUAGACAUCCUCCCCUAUUAUAUACUUUUCCUUAAUUGUGAAAUGUCAUGGAAAUAAAACUUGUGCAGUUACUGACCACCACAGGUCCAAACAAAUCUAUGAAACCUGACAGAUUUAUUAACUGCAAUGUAUAGCACAAAAUUUGAGCUAUUUUUGAAAUCUUUUAAUUUUAGAUUAUCGAUCCCAAGAUGCCACGAGAGGGAGUGUUUCACCACGGCGUUCCAAUUCCCGUACCACCCGUAGAUGUCCUCAAGUUAGGAGAGCAAAUGACUCAAGAAGCACAAGAGCAUCUCUACCUCGUUCUGUUUUUUGACAAUAAGCGGACCUGGUGAGUCAAGAGACUACUAGGGUACUCUCCUAGACCACAACUAUCUUUGAACCAGUGUUUGUUUUUUGAUUUGCGAAUGGACACUGGAGUACUAUUCAAGUAAUGAGUGGAAUAUUAUUCUGUAAAUGGAAAUCAUACAGUCUGUGUGUUCUGAAGUUUAAUGUCUGGCUUACUCUUAUUGUUUCAGUUGUAAAAAACAAACAAAAAGAGACUAGGAUAGACACAGCUCAGCUUAUCAUAGCUCUAAUUUAUUUAUUUAUUGCUAGAAAGUACUUUUAUAUGCAGUAUGUGAUAUUGAUUAUCUAGAUGUUUUAGGAAUUUACUGUAUGUGUACCUGCGAUAGCAGUAACUCCUCCACAUGAGUCCUAGUGCACGUCCCGAGUGACAGUGCUUGAAAGAUGUGCCAUCAUUUCACUUCCUCAUAUAUAUUUUUACCUGCCACCUAAAUUCUAAGGAUGCUUGUCAGGCAUUGAUGUAGAAAAGUUGAAGGCUUGUUUUUUUGUAUUUGUUUUUCGGUGGAGUCCAAUAUUACAGGUCUAUUUCCACCUACUCAUUGCUUAAAGAAUAAACCCACUAAGAGACUAACAUUAAAUAGAAUUCCAGGCAGUGGAUAGGUCGUAAUAAGCCAGGACUCCAACACUUCUCUACAGUACCAAUCUGAAUUCAGAGUUGUUUCUUUAGUUCUAUUGAUAAAAUGUGAAUAUAUUCUACAGUGGCCUGACUUGUGUUUUGGCAUUAAUGUCUUAUUUGGUGCAAGAUAAUAAAACUAAGACAAUGGUUUAGUUUAUCAUACUGUUAUGGAACUCUUUUUUUUUUUUUUUUUCUAACUUGUGCAAAAUAUUUUAUUCUCUCCCAUGCAGGCAAUGGCUGCCACGGACCAAGUUGGUUCCACUAGGUGUGAACAGAGAACUGGAUAAGGAAAAGAUGCUAGAAGGGAGGAAAUCAAAUAUCCGCAAAUCUGUGCAGAUUGCAUAUGACCGGGCCAUGCAGCACCGCAACAAGGUUCAAGGAGAACAGAGCAGCGAUUCCAGUGAAAGUGAUUAACUGCAUCCUACCCAGAGAGAGGCAACAGCGUUUGUGACAUUUUUGUCUAAUUACUGUACAUAAUUUUACAUGCAAAUUCAGAGAACUAGGCUGCAAUAUGGUAAUCUAAGAGCAAAGGGUGCUACUUUGAAAUGACUAGCACUCAAGAGCCUUUUUAACAAGAAACUAAAUGAAAGAGAGGCCUGUGUAGGAUAAAAAGGAUCAGCGACAAGAUGUGACACUUUAUAGUUAUUUUCUUCUGCCUUCAACAGAAAGACACAGAUAAGAUCCAGCAAGGAUCUGUAUGGAGUGGUUGCUGGUUGACCACUAAUGGCAUCAUGGGUUUGUUUUUGUUUUUUCGCUUCUCUGAAUGUAACUCUUGUGAAAGGAGGAGCAUCUUCCUCGGGCACUUUACGGACUUGCCCUUUAAGGAUCAGCAACCUCUCAAAACCGUGAUCAUGGAUUCCUAUGUACAGACUCAAUUUUUCUACAUACUGUUAUGUUGUACAAUCGGACAUAUUAUGCGUGGCUAUCAUGAAAUGAAAGGGAGAUGAUAUUUCUGUCCCCCUAUUUAGCAACAUGCUCCAUCUUUUCCAAAAAGUGCUUCUUUUUGUAUUCAAAAACAUACAUGUAGUCCCUAGCUAAAUUGACAUUUUCCAUCCCUAGUAAUCGUGCAGCAAAAGAAGUAAGCUUACUGAUCAGAGAGAGCGGUUUGUGUUGUAAAGAUUGAAAAUGGUAGAUUUAUUAUUUAUCGAACACCUAUGAUCUAUUCUAUAAUGCUACAGAGUUUCUUACUCUGACCGAUAUAAAGACAUGAAACAGCCAUUUCAGAAACAUUUUAUAGGAAAGAAAAACAACAUUGGCAUUGUCAAUGUUAGUUAGCCUCUUAGUGGUUAUUUAGUAAUGAAUCAAUUUACUAAUCAAGAUAUACAUUUAAGUAGAUUUUUUUUAUUUUUUUAAUACUGAAUCAAUAAGUUAUUUCAGCAUCAUGAACAGCACCUUAUCUAUAAUCAGUAGAAUUACUCUGUAUCACCUGAGUGUGGUACAUAUCUCGCAAACAAAUGUGCCCAAAUGCCAUUCAUUAUCCUGCUGUGAGUCAAGAUAAGCCUGUCCAAUUCAGUUUUUUUUCAGAAGAGAGAAAGAGAUUCAGAAAUCCAUGAAAAUGCAGUAACUUUGGAUUUCAUCAGCAAAUGCAAAGGUAUCUGUAUGCCUCAUUGGGGAUUACUUUGUGUAGUUUAGAAUACGGUUCGUAAAUAGUCUAAACAUCUGCAAACAUAGCCUUGAGGACCUGCAACAAGGUUCAUAUUUGAUUAGGCCUCAUCAGAAGAAUAAAUUAAUUGGUCACCUCAAAGCUAUUUUGAUAUAAUAAGCCUUUCAUCAAGUUUUGAAAGGAAAUGGAUUUUUCAAAAUUAAGUUUAUGUAAAAAGAGAGAGAGAGAACUCACCCUCUACCUUUAAUAUAUGAUAAGAUCCUUUAGCCAUACACAUGCACCAUGUGUCAGACAGUGUUUGAAAACAGUCUCCAUGAUCUUCACUGCUUCACAUCCUGCACCAAAGCAGGAAAGACCAGAGACUGUCAGUGUCUCACCCAAGAUGUGUUCAUAUGGCUGAAGAAUCCAGUCAUGUACUAACAUGAAGGGAUGAGUUUUUCUAAUUUCUUUAUAUUCUAAUUUUUUUUUAAUGAAGUAUAUCCCCUUUUAAAAACUUGAUGAAAGAAUUAUUAUAUUAAAAAAUGUUUUGAGAUGACAGUUGUCCUUUAAGCUUAACUUGCUCAAUGCAGCUGUGCAGCUUUUGUAAGCUGUAUGUUCAUUUAGCCCCAGAACAAAAAACAUGCACGUUUUCUUUGUGGUAAUAUCUACUAAAUAGUUUUUAAAAAAUUGCAAUAGAGUAUUACUUUAAGGUUGUCCCCAAUAUCCAACUAUCUUUAAAUACUAAACGGUUUUAAGGUCACUCUACAACAACGUUUUUUAUUAGGGAUAUAUUAAAAAGAAACAUUCAUCAUUCUAUCCCGAAAAAGGUUGGUGUCAUAAUGAUUCGUCGUAAACCAUGUCUUACAAGACCAGAAGGUCUCUGCUAUAGAAAAUGUCUGCAAGUGGAAAUGAAGACAUUUUAACUAAUCUAUUAAAAGGUUAUAAAAAAUGAAAUUAUCCUGGUAACAACUCAAACAAAACACCAAAAUUAUCGAAUAGUAUAAACACAAUUGUGAAUCAAAGGACUCAAAUAGGUCACAUUCUAAAUAUCCUGCAUCAGGAAAGCUUAGCAUUUAACUACAUUAGAAAUAAUCUGUUAUGAAGAUACUGUACACUAAUACAAAGCAGCAGAGAUAAGGAAUCUAGUUAUAUAGAGUGACAGUAGUGUUUAUUUUUUUAUUAUAAUUAUUAAAUGUUAUCAAUAGAACAUCACUUUAUUACAACUUAUUGUUCUUCAAAUAAAAAAUAUACUGAACUAAUAAUUAUAGUCACCAAAACAAGUUUAGCUUAAUGAAACCGUUUUGGUCUAUAGAUCACGUCUCAGGCUCACUGCUCAAUUAUCUGCCAUUUAGAAGACAAACUACUUUUGUUUAUGUCCAUGCAGCCCUAACCGCACCUGCAUGAAAAAAAAAAUAUUUCUCAAUCAGAUAUCUCCCACUCUGUAAAUUUAAUUUGAAUCACACACAGGAGGCUCCUGCAAUGUGUUAACAGUGCAGGAGAUAAGAAAUUCAAAAUUAAUCAGAAUUUGCAAUAAAGGAAGUGUAAACAUUAGAUCUCACUUGAAAGAAUGUGUACAGGAAGGCUGUGCAGGUCACAUGCAGGGAGGUGUGUCUAGGGCUGCGUAAACAAAGUGAUUUAACUCCUAAAUGGCAGAGAAUUGAGCAGUGAGAUUGCAUGGGCUUGAUCUAUUCUUAAAAACUGAUUAAGCUAAAGUUGUUUUCAUGACUAUAAUGUCCCUUUUAAAAAAACAACUUAAAUUUAUUGUGCUUUAUGUCCUUUUUCUGAUUAAAAAAAAAAAAAAAAAAAAACUGCCACCAACUGUCUUACUCUCCAUUGGUUUCAUUAAAGAAUUUGAACAAGAGGGAAAACUUUUCUAUCACAUGCAGCUUUCAAACAUUUUUGCCCAAAUCCUGUGAUGUCAGAUAUUAGGCAGUUACUCACUAAAUGGUGAAUUGAAGGAAUUCACUAAGAAACUGCAAGUUUUAGGCAUAAAUAGCAGAAGCUGAAAUUUCAAACUCUAACUUUCUAACGCUGCCAUUUUGGCUUAAAACUUGCAUCUCCAAUCUAUUCAGUUUAUUAAUGAAUUCCCAUGUUUGAAAUAUACGACUCUUGUGUUCAACACAUUAUUUGGAAUUUAUUCCACAUUUGCACAUUUAACAACUGGUUCUCACUUGUAUUAAACAGGCUGAGUUUUGGGGUUUUUUUUGUCUAGAGUUGAAGAAUUGGGCAGUGCUAAAUGUGGUCUAUUUUAAGACUUUUUUUUUCAAUAUAUUUUUUUUAUGGUCUUAGUCUUGUCUUCUCAUCCUGAUAUUACACUCGGAAUGUUAAUUGACUUGCCCUUCUGUGGAACUAAGCUGAUGUCACUAUGUUGCAUAACGUUUGUGCUAUAACAUUUGCAAUAUAUUUUUCUCAUCCUAAAUCAAGGCACAAACAUACAAUGAAAAUGUAGUGUGCAUUAGUAGUCCGGCCAAAACUCUAGUUCUGGGCUGUGACACUGCCGAAGUUGGAGAUAAAACACUGCACAUUCAGAGUCCAGAUAUCAUGACCACUUCAAAUCACUGAAGUGGUCAUGGUGCUUGGAGUAACCCUUUAAUCUUAUAGCAUUUUGAAAACUGAAUUGUGACUGUUCCUUGCGAGGUAAAUGAAGAUUAACAUUCUAACGUUGUCACCAGGAAGAGAAGUCCUUAAGAUAAGAUAAAGUAAAUAUGUGUACAUGAGUAACUUGAAUACAGAACACAUCACUGCUGAGCUUGUGUGUGUUUUACGUAUAUACAUACAGAGACACAGAAUUAGGUGAAGAAUUGUAUUAUGUAAGAAAAAUAGCAGUAAAGCGUUUGAUUAAAUUUACGGUUCAAUAAUAGACUACUAUUUCACAAACCUAAUGAGAAGUAGACAGCACAACAUUGAUCUGAUAGGUGCUAUGCCCAGUCUUAAAGCACACUUUUAAUGUAAUUUUUUUUAAAUCACAAGCAAUAGGUAUUUCCUAACGGUCCAAGAGGCAUGGAGAGCAAUAUAUUACAAGCAUCCCUUUUACAAAUUAAUUUCCCAAAUAUUUGCUGUUCCUAUAAUGCUUGCAUAAUCCUUUUUCAACCAUAUCAUGUAAUUGUAAAUAGUGUACAUGAGAGGAGAAUUUAAAUUCUCAUUUGUAAACAUAUAGGAAGGGUGCCCUUUUUGUUUUGUUUUUUUGGGAGGGGUGGAGGAUGGAAAUGUUUUUUUCUAAAGUAUUGCUCCAUAACCUACCCCUUUUACAAUAGUCCUAGUAGGGAUUUUUUUUUCCUGUGAUAUGAUUGCCUAUUUAACUUAAUUUGUUUGGUAAUAUUUUAGACCGAGCCCACAUUGUCGUUUAGGUUUUCUUUUUAUAUAAGUGUAUUUUUAUUUGUGGUUUCCUUUUUAAAAUCAUUUUGAGUCUUUUUGCGUAUAUUUCAGUUUUGUAUUUAUUUCAAAAGGAAAAAAAUAUAUUGUUCUUAGAAAAUAAACUGUC